GCGCUCGGUAUCGCGGGUUGUGGCAGUGCGCGGGCGACGUGUUUUGCUUUUUCCGGUGUGUUCCUGGCUGAGCAACAAACAGUGCUUCACAUUUUUCCUCGUGUCCCGCUCGCGUCCCACUCGUCCGACCGCAGUUGUCGACUAAGUUUGUGCGCGAGUCGUUGCAUCGCUGUCGAGACAAAGGUUUCGCUUCUGUUUUCUCCUUGUGGGGUACGACUACUCCACCGCCCAGCCAGACCAGUCAAUCGCUACACAAGCGCACAGCCCGUCUUGCCUCCUGGUGUAGUCGGUGCGUGCUUCCAAGUACGGGAGUGUUGUUGUAGCCGCGGCUACUGGUCGGCGGCUACGGUGUGCGCGUCGGAGGUGCGUGAACGGUGCGAGCACGGCGUGCUCCGUGGUGGGCGGCGGGAGCGCACGCUCGACGUCGCUCGCCGCCGGUCGCUCCUGCCUGCCGGCAUGGCUGGCGCCGCACCACGGCUACUAUGAGGAUAACCUCAGCUGCGCCCUCAAGUCUCAGGCGGCUAGCAACGCUAGUAGCGCCGGCGUCGUUAGCAGCAGCCAGAGCCUGGUGGUCAGCGGUAGCCACCAUCACCACCAUCACAGCGGCGCUGGCGGCCACGGUGGCGUGAGCGGCGGUUGCCACGCCGCGCUGUGCCGCGCUUCGCGCGACGCCAUGGAGGAACAGGCCGGGCCCUGGCCCGGCUACGAGGGCCGGCAGGACCCGGCCGUGCUCGCCCAAGAGGACAUGGACAUGUUCUUCCACUCGCUGCAAGACGGAGCGGGUCCCGCCGCCGCGUCGUCGUACUACGGGAACCCCGCCGCCAGGGCCGUCCACGGAUACCGGCCCGCCCACCCUCGUGUGCCGAGCAGCCAGGUGUGCCGGCCGCACUUCCACAGUCCGCUGCACCCGUGGAUCUCGGACACGGCCAAGGCAGCCGCGGCUGCGGCCAUGGUGCCGCACCAUGGUGCGGCCGCCUGGUGCUCCCCGUUCCCGCCGGCCAAGCCGCAGCCCAGUCCGCCCACGGCGCCCUCGCACUCUAGUCCGCACCUGUUCAGCUUCCCGCCCACGCCACCCAAGGACGCCACGCCGGACCCGGCCGCGGCCGAGGCGCCGGGCUACGCCACGGCCGCCUCCGGAGGCUGCGGCGACGACCACAAGCCCGGCAUGCUCACCUCCCUGGCGGUCUCGUCCUCCUGCGGCGGAGCGGGCAAGCGCGAAGGUAGCGGACCCUUCCCCGCAUCCUCGCCCCCUUACCCCAACCCGUACGUGUCCCACCCGGGUGCCCCGCCGUCCGAACUGGCAGGCUACCACAGCUUCCACGCCGCACCCCUGCAGCUGGCCGCGGCUAGCGCGGUAGCCGUCAAGCAGCACUCGUCCUCUUCGUCCAACGCGCUUCAGGGACCCAACGGCUACGGCCAGCCCAACAAGCCGCGAACCAAGGGACGCUCCAGUGCCGAGGGCAGAGAGUGCGUGAACUGUGGUGCGACGUCGACGCCGCUGUGGCGACGAGACGGCACCGGGCACUACCUGUGCAACGCAUGCGGUCUCUACCACAAAAUGAACGGCCAGAACAGGCCGCUCAUCAAGCCCAAGCGACGACUCUCUGCGGCGAGACGGGCCGGAACAAGCUGUGCCAACUGCAAGACGACCACGACGACGCUGUGGAGGCGCAACCAGAACGGCGAACCCGUCUGCAAUGCCUGUGGUCUCUACUUCAAGCUGCACAAUGUAAACCGGCCGCUGACGAUGAAGAAGGAAGGCAUCCAGACGCGGAACCGCAAGCUCUCCUCGAAGAGCAAGAAGAAGAAAGGAGGCGCCGGCAGCCUGGCCAUGGCGCUGCCAGACUGCAUCAAGCCGCUGGACAAAGGUUUCUCCAGCUUCUCGCCGACGGGCCACCAGUUCGCCUCGUCCAUGUCCAUGACCAUGAACCACUACAUGCACCAGGGCAACAUGAACAUGCCCAUCUCCAUGGGCGGCACGUUCGUCACCUCGCCGCCCAUGCACAUGACCACGGCCAGCGGCCUGUCCAGUCUCGGCCUCGGUCCAUCCACCGCGGGCCUCAGCCUGGCCGCGUCCAACAGCAUGGUGGGCGCGAUGGCCUAGCAGCAACUUCAACGGUUCUCGCCGUGUCGUGACACAGAAGAAGGCAGCAGCAGCUGCAGCAUACCCCCCAGUGCGGUCACGUGCUUUGAGUGCAAGAACUCACCGCCGUGAGGCGACGCAGUCAUCAACGCACCUUCCUCUCUCCACCUCCCCCUGCCGCUGCGUGGAAAACGAACGCUUCUAUCGUGGCUCGUCGCGACACCACUGUACAUAACGGAGACGAAUACAGCACGCGGAGGACUUGGAAGGGACUCGACAGGCCGACCCGGACGUUGUGGAAAGCACACGGAAACAAGAAACACAGAGAGAGCUAUAGUAUAUAUAAUCUAAUCUAUCUUUCAUCACAAAGUACGUACUGCUGCUAUAAAUUACGGCGCACGUGCGCGCGCGUGUUUUAUGUGUGUGCCUUCCGCCCGAACUCUGCGCGCCGGGUGGUGUGACGCUGCGUCAGUGUGCGGAGCUGUUGAAGUGUGGACGAGCGAGCGGUGCCGCUUAGGACUAACGUGGCGACGCUCGGCUGCUGAGUGUGCUUGCCAGCAGCCGUCGCAGUGCCACCGGCAGCCGCCUCGCCUUUCGCCCGGGGUGUACUUUUUUGGUGGUUUGAGUGACGACUUGGCAAUGUGUGCGUAGGGACCACUCUCCAGGUAGAAAAGGAGAGUCGGCGCUGCUUUUCGAAUACAGCCCACGCACCGCAGUUAUCGUUUGCCCUGCACUUCAACGCGCCUCGCGUUUGCCUGGAGAUUGCUAUCACCCAAGUUUCAACUUUGACCGCUAAGUGAGUGUGGGCUUGUUCGGUGCGAGCGUCGACAGUUUCAUGCAUACACACUGUAGAUUUUCCUGCUGACAGCUUGCGGACACCUGCAGCUUUCAUGUAAAUGAGUAUUGCUCGCAGAAACGCCACACAUUGGUGAUGAUGUUGCCGCGGACAGUGUUGUCUCGUUUAGCAUUACAGAGAGAACUCUGGCGAAACGAACGCACUAUGAGAAUACGUUGAAAGUUAGCAACCGUCCUCUAAAUAUGUUUCGCAGUGUUACACUCUUACAUUGUGCCUGUAAUUGUACACUUAUCGCACAGUUUCAUUGUCGACACAGCCUUAGUAACUCUCACGCCUUAGCACCACGUUAUUUGACGUCAUCUCGAAGCACCUACGCUACGCAUGCCUUGCGAUAUCAAGCUCGCAAGCAUCACUGGUGCCGUGCUUUAAAAAAAAAUACGGAGGGUAGGUUUUCUCGUGUCAGGCAGUAUCAUGGAAAGUGGAGGCUUGAAGCUUAUCUAAAACUUGUGUCCGCAAAGUGGCUGUCGAGCACUAAAAAUGACACAUAUGGUUUUCAGUAUUUUGACCAACGCAGAAAUGACCCGGAUCUGGUCUUUAGAUGGCUCCAUUCAGCCCUAGUUUCGUAUGCGUUUACCUGUCAGCGGUCGUUCCGAAGCGCCUUUCACUCAUGUUUAAGAGCGGCGUGUUUAUGGUAUAGCCUCCGGGAUAGCGGGCAUGUCGUCGCCGAUAUUGAUGCUGACCUCCAGAGCGGGCGCGUUUCUCACGUCCGGCCAGGUGGCGCUGUAUGCCUACCCUUGAAAAGAAAACCACGCAAGGACGCCCUUCGUACGACGCACUUGGCACAGUCAAGUCGGUAGUUGCUGUCCUCAAUGUCGAGGCAAAAGCAAGCCCCGGGUUCGUCGCUGCCGGGGCGUGCACCACCUCACGUGUACACACUCACGCACACUUUGGCUUAGUUGUCGUAGCGAGCCAAUCCCAAGUCGGGCCACAGCACCGGCACCUUUGACCGAGUACAGAUCGUACGGCACACACUGUGUGCGACCCCCUUUGGACUUCAGUCAAAAUACCUUAUCUGCGAAGGCGCACUCGCUGUAGAGUUUGUCGAGCUGACGCAAUGUUUUUUUGUCAUGUGUACACAUCAAACGUUUCUUUUUCUUGCGUGGAAUGUGUUCGAACAGAGUUCGCAGUUAUUUGGUUAUGCCUAUAUCUAUAAUUUUCCAUCUAGUACCAACGGACGUGUAUAGAAAUCUGACUUGAAACAGAUUGGCUCAGUCUGACAAAAACUGAAAAAAAAAGAGAGUGAACGGUUAUAUCGGUGUAAAGUGCACCUUCGGCUGUGACGUUUUACGUGAUCUCCAAAGCAGCCCGACCACUCUGCGUUCUUGAUUAAUGUGGUCGUUGUUGAGUGCAAUUAUCCCGUCGUGCGUAAGGCAGUAAUCUGUACAAUGGCGUUGCUGUUAUCGCGUAGGAAAGCCGUUACCCAGACCUUUGGUAACGGGUGCUUACGGACCAGCCUUUUUGCGAUGACUUGUCUGAAGGAGUAUUCGGAAAUGGAUUCUGAAAGGCCUUACAGGUGGUAUUUUUCCAUCUACUGGUAUUCAAAACUGAGCUCGCUAUGCGAUGAUUAUUCGUGAGAAGAUAGAUAUGACACCGAGAGGUGCUAGCAAGCAUUAUUGAAGCUUGAAUUCAUUAAUCUUAUUAUGGAUGGGUCAAUGGUCGCAAAUUUUUAGCACAAAAAGGGAGUAUAGAAUUACAAGCAUGUAAAUGCGAUCACAAAAAGCUUACACGAAUACCACUAUUGUUUAAAACAAGACGGCGAUAAAUCAUCAUCAGAGAUAUGAAUGCAGAGAUGUCUGCGUCGUCACACAAAUUCAGCCAAAUCGAGUUUUUUAUUUUCUGUGGCUUUUAUUGCUGUUGAAACAUUAUAAGCACUUAUGUGGCGAUUUAAAAAAAAAUAAUACACACGGUUAAUGUGUUCAUCGCUGUGUAUUUGUAUUUUAUCAUCUUUGCUUUCAGAAGUGAUCAUAUUAAGCACAAGACAGUGCGACGAAAUUGUUGAAAUACACAUUAAUGUGGUUGCUCCUUUACAGAGCAGCCUUCAAACACUUGUGUUCAAAGAUUUGUUGCAGGUCAUGAUGUUAGGGGUGUAGUUAUUUAAAUCUGUUCGCUUCUUUUGCCUCUUUUGCGGCCACUGAAGGCCAGUGGUCGAUCGAGAAGCCAUUGAAUGACUGGGGAUAAAAAUACUGUGAGCGUGUUUUCUUGUGUUGUAUUUUUUUUUGCUGCAAGUGUGCUUGUGUGAGUGAAAGAUGACGUGUACAUACUUCACAAUGACGUGGACGCAUAUGGAGGACUCGUGUGCCGAGUCAUUGCAGUCCGGCUGCACCUCAUGACUGGAAAUAAACAAGAUCAGGUGCUAAACGAAA